GAACUAAAAAGGUUAGUUGAUGACUCAGCAGACCUACACGGUGCACUAACAUUUGUUAACAAAACAAUCGACAACAAUCGUCAACGACACAAGCGAAAGAAUAACACACUGAAAAGCGAAACUGGAAGUAGAUAUUUCAACCCAUCAACGACGAUUUUUGUCAAAUCACGUAUACAUAACCGUUGGUGAUUUCUAACUAGCGCAACUUACCAGUUUCCGCAACAAUUUUACCAUCGUUGCAGUUUGCCAGGAAGGAAACAAUACGCUUGUUAGUCCGGAAUGAGAAUAAUAAAAUUCAUAUAGUUUCACUGAUUGAAGGUGAUAAAGACUUCAAUUAUAUAAAUGUACUGAUCAAAUCUAUACUGUAUCACCAAAACGUUUUCAUUGUCAAAAUAACAAAUGUUGUCUAGGUGACUUGUGCAAACGAAGCAAAACUGGAAACUUUCCAUGUUCACAUAAGAAAAUACUGAAGACCGAUGGUCCAAUAACUUUCCAUUUUAUUACUGAUAAACCUACACGACUGAAAUUUCAAAAAAUGGAACAAAGUUGGCAAUUGAUAAAUGUGAAAUUCCAAUUUUACGAAUACCAACAUUAUUUGGAUAAAAUUGACUGGGUUCUAUCAAAACGUUCUUCAGAUAUUAAAUCUUGUUUAAAAUUAUUAUUACCCGAAAUUCUAUCGAAAAGUGUCAAACAGGUCAUCGUUCUUGAUACAUGUUUGCUGUUAAAUACAGACAUCAAUGAAUUGUGGGAUCAUUUCAGAUAUUUUAAAUCUUCUCAAAUUUUAGGAGUGACAAUGGAACAAAAUCCCGAGUUUGAGGUUGUCAUGAAGAGUCUAAUUAGAGGCUGGAGAGGUUAUGGAUAUAAUAGCGGAGUUGUUUUAAUGGACUUAGCUAAAUUACGUUCAGCAGCAUGGAACCAUUUAUGGAUGAGUGCUAUUAAAUUUGUUAUGAAGGCAACGCGUUAUUUGUCAGCUGGGGAACAAGGUGUUAUAAAUUUAAUCAUGUUUAGAAACAAUGAGACAUUUUACAAAAUACCAUGUGAAUGGAACAUACAACUCAGUUCAGGUGUUGAUGUACACAGAUGUCCAGUUAGUUGGUUGGCUGAAAAUUCUCUAUUAAACAACAGGGAUUUAAUGUAUGGGAGACAACCUAAAAUUGUGUACUUAAACCAUCAAGUAAAACCGGAAUAUCUGGACUUGGAAAAUAUAUUAAAUGUUGAUACCAAUGUAUCACUUACGACUUAUAAUGCUAACUUACUCUACAUGGUAUAUCUUAAAGAAUAUUUUAAAUAUCGACAUAUCAGCCAAAAAUGUUUCUAUUAAACCCGGAAAAAUGCACUAAAUUUACUGGAAAGCAUUUUCUGUUGUUACAGUUAUAUUUGUAUACCCUUUAUAUGAAGCUGAUAUGUACACAUAUAUCCAAGUUGAAAAAAAUUUCAUUAUUAAAUAAAUGAAUCAUUGUAAAUCCAA